GCUGCUCCAAACCACCUCGCUGUCUGUAGGAUGUCACGUAGUGGCAUCUUAAUUUACCUGCUCCAGAAUACACCGUUGAGGAAGGUGCACCUCCAGUCCCAAGUCAUGUCCUGCUACACCCAGUGUGUGCCAUGCCGGCCCUGCGGCCCGACCCCUCUGGCCAGCAGCUGCAAUGAGCCCUGUGUCAGGCAGUGCCAGGACUCCACCAUUGCCAUUGAGCCCUCUCCCGUGGUGGUGACCCUGCCCGGACCCAUCCUCAGCUCCUUCCCACAGAACACCGUUGUGGGCUCCUCCACCUCCGCUGCUGUUGGCCGCAUCCUCAGCUCUGAGGGCGUGCCAUCACCUCGGGGGGCUUUGACUUGUCCGGCUUGGGCAGCCGCUCCUGUGGCAGAAGGUGCCCGCCCUGCUGAAGCUGCUGGUCCUGGAGAAAUUGUUCCAGAAAACAGGAACGUGGUUCUGGAUCAACAAGACAUCUUCAAGCCCCUGCGUUCAGAUUACCUGACCAUCCUCAGCUAUUCUAUGAACUGCUGUCAGGAAGAGGCAAUCCUGGGCUUUAUGUCAACUUGCCUCAUGUCUCAGCUGCCAUUCCUCAUUCCUACCUAUCUUUGUCUCCACUUUUUCUCUGAUUUGUUCUUUCCUAUGAUCCUGUGAGAUGUGAGUUUCCUCAGAACCAGUCCAUUCUCUGCUAGAAAAUAAGACACGUGCCUAGCAUGAACUCAAACAAACAUGGGAUCAUGGGAAUCCUGUACUGUGGAGCCUCUGCUCUGAGUGAUCUCAUUUUCCUAUUUAAAAAUUCAUUAAAGAUUUCUGCAUCUUAGUGUAAGUCUUUGAUAUUCUUUCUCAUCGUGUGUGGCCUCCAAAGAUGCCCAGAGAGAAUGGAUUUGCUCCUGGCAGGUAUAGGAUGAAUGUUUAUAGAGAUCCUUCUCCAUUCCCAAAAGAAUGCGAGGGUAUGAGAUACUGCAGAGGCUUGUCUCUUCAGCAUUGUCUCUUGUAGCUGAACAACACACACCUGGCAGUGCCAGAGGAGGCAACUAUUGGCCUCUGACUGUAGCGUUCAUGCAUACAGCUACCUGCACAAGAGAGAACACAGCCUCUGCAGUGCUCACAGGAAAAGCUGUGACUGUGUGGAAGGUCAUGGGAAUAAGCAACGCUGUAGGCUCGUAAGAACAGGGCUCUUCUGCUCUGAGAUGUACUGCACUGGGGAAGAAGCAGAGAGCACGAGAUGAAAUAGAACUGUGUGAAUGUCUUUCCGUUGUCAGACACAGCUUGCGUUGUCUGUAAUGCCAUCUCGUCCAACUCAAAAGUAACUCUGACCGACAUGGGCCUCAGUCAGUGGCUGCUAUGGGAGCAGAGCUCGUUUCUGUGUAGAGCUCAGGGCGGCGCACCCCGGUCAGGAUGGA